AUGCAUAAUGUUGACAAACCGAGCGAAAAUACAGGGACUGUUAAUGUUCUAAACAAAGAGUCAAAUGAAAUAACAAAUCCAAAUGUAUUAGUAAUAGAUAACAUUACAGAGACUAUUAAUAAAUCAAACAUUAAUAACCAAAACCAAAUAGCAGAGACAGAAAAUAACAAAAAAUAUGAUUUUAAUUUUGACAAUGCUAAAUGCGAUAGCAAAAUGACACCUCCGAAAUUAAAAGAAAUUCUCAAUUGGCCCCAGACACCACAACGUAAGGGGAAAAUUAUGACCAACAAUCCCAUUUAUGUCUUGACCAGCCGCAAAUGGCUUGAAAUCGAAGGAAAGAAAAAAAUGAGAAGAAAACAAAAGAAAAAGAGAAAGAAGAACGUAAAAAGAGAGACAAGAGAAAAGAAAACAGUAAAAAGCGUCACAAAAAUAUCAAAGCAUACCAAAAAUAUGAAAAUCGAUUCGGAAAACUUAGAAAACAUUGAAAUAUUAAGACAAGAAGAAAAAGUUCCUAGGCAUCUAUUAAAUAAAAACUCAAAAAUUGAAGAAAAAUAA